AUGGCCAGCAUUACCGAAAUGGAGGCCGAGGCCCCCCACAACAACUUCGACACUAUCCUCGUUCUCGACUUUGGUUCGCAGACGAGCCAUCUCAUCCUGAGACGCCUGCGUGCACUCAAGGUGUACGCUGAGAUGCUGCCAUGCACCACGAAGCUGGCGGAUCUCCCCUUCAAACCGAAGGGUAUUGUGUUUUCCGGAGGACCCUCGUCCGUCUACGAUCAGGGCGCGCCUCAUGUUGACCCUGCCGUCUUCGAUCUCGGUGUCCCGAUUCUGGGCAUUUGCUACGGUUGCCAGGUAAUAUCCCUCUGCUUUCAAUUGAUUAUAGUACAGGAGCUUGCUUGGAGAAUCAACUCCGACAACGUCGCCCGCGGCGCAGCCCGAGAGUACGGUCAUGCCGAUGUCACCAUCCACAACUCGGGCAACUCCCACACGGAUCGCCUCUUCGCAGGUCUGGGAGAGACGAUGCAUGCCUACAUGUCCCACUUCGACAAGCUCGUAAAGCUGCCUGAAGGCUUUGCAGUUGUCGCGAGCACAAAGAACAGCGAAUAUGCCGCAAUUGCCCAUCAGACUAAGCCGAUUUAUGGCGUUCAAUUCCACCCUGAGCUGGAACACACGCCGAGAGGCAGUGAGAUCCUUCGUAACUUCAGUGUUGACAUUUGCGGAGCGCAGCCCAACUGGGUUAUGAGUGACUUUAUCAAGAAGGAGAUUGUUCGCAUCAGACAUCUCGUUGGCGAUCGUGCCCAAGUUAUUGGCGCUGUGAGCGGAGGAGUUGAUUCCACCGUCGCUGCUAAGCUUAUGAAGGAAGCGAUUGGCGAUCGCUUCCAUGCGAUUCUAGUUGACAACGGAGUCAUGCGUCUCAACGAGUGCGAGCAGGUGAAGGAGACGCUCCAGAAGCACCUCGGCAUCAACCUGACGGUUGUUGAUGGAGCUGAACUGUUCCUUGGUCGUCUCAAGGGCGUCACAGAGCCGGAGAAGAAGCGCAAAAUCAUUGGUGGAACAUUCAUCGAUCUCUUCGAGAAGGAGGCACUCCGUAUUGAGAAGGAGGCAGAGAACACUCCCAAUGCCGGCGCGGUCGAGUGGUUCCUCCAGGGCACUCUUUACCCCGAUGUUAUCGAGUCGCUUUCGUUCAAGGGCCCCAGCGCGACCAUCAAGACCCAUCACAAUGUCGGAGGUCUGCCCGACACGCUCAAGUUGAAACUCAUUGAGCCGUUGCGGGAACUUUUCAAGGAUGAAGUCCGAAGUUUCGGCAGAGAGCUUGGCAUCCACGACGAUCUCAUCAUGCGACACCCUUUCCCGGGCCCCGGAAUCGCCAUCAGAAUUCUUGGAGAGGUCACACCGGAGCGCGUGGCAAUUGCCCGAGCUGCUGACAACAUCUUCAUUUCGAUGAUCAAGGAAGCUGGCAUCUACGAUCAGAUGUCCCAGAGCUAUGCUGGCCUGGAUACCAACAGAGCCGUGGGUGUGCAGGGUGACGCCAGAGUCUAUGGCUACAUUGUCAUUCUGCGCGCUGUGCAGACUGCAGACUUCAUGAGUUGCGAGCCUUUUGAGUUCGACUUCAACCUCCUGAAGAAGAUCUCCACACGCAUCGUCAACGAGGUUGAGGGUGUCUCGCGUGUCGUGUAUGACAUUACCAGCAAGCCGCCCGGUAAGCCUAUUGAUUUCCGCCCUCGAGACCCCAUCGGCGGGCCGUAUGCCCGCGUGCACGUACGUGGAACACGAAUCUAA